UUAGUGUCAAAAUUUGCAAAAUUUUUGUUGGCAACUAAUUUGUCCACGAUUCUAAAUUAAUAAUUUAGUUACAGUAAUCAAACUAAAAAAAUAGCAUAAAUGCCUUUAAAUUAACAGAUAAACAACGAAGGAACUAACGACAAUAAAGUAAAAUUUGCGCGGCCACUUGCAACCAAAAUAAACAACGCCCAUAGUAUGGUUGAUUUCGUUACCAGGCAGUGAUUAGCAAAAUUGAUAAAGUAGCGAGCUAAAAGUUUUUUUAUUUUUAUUUUUUUAAACUAAUUUAAGUGUAAUUUCGUGCAUUUCACAAAUAUUGGUACAUACAAAAUGGACACCAGUUGGGAUAUACACGAUGACAUGAAUUUAUACAUAACGCCGGAACGUUUCGUUGUGGAACCCAAUGGCAAAGAUGAACUGCUGGUAAUUGAUCGCGUUGUGAAUACAGUACGUGUUCAAAGCAAAGGCAACCAACUAAACAACCAAGUGCCCACAAGGCGUGUAUGUGGCAUACUUGGCACCAUUCAACUACUUGGUGGUCAUUACCUAAUUGUUGCCACUCAUCGCCUUUAUGUGGGCAUGCUAAAUGGCGCCAUAAUAUGGCGUUUGGCAGGUUACGAUAUUAUACCCUACAUUCCAACUAUAACACAUUUGCGCCCCAAACAACGCGAGCAAAAUGAAACAUAUCUUAACAUGUUGCGGCAAACCCUGGACACUCGUUUCUUCUACUUUUCCUAUUGGUACGAUUUGACACACUCGCUACAGCGCUUGCACGGCAUGCCGCCGGACUUCAAGAAGAACGGUUUGUUCGAGCGUGCCGACGAGCGCUUCGUUUGGAAUGGCGCUUUACUGCGUAACUUUAAUUGUCCGGAAAUGCGCAAAUUCGCCUUGCCAAUCGUACUAGGCUUUGUUUCCAUAAAUCAAGUGCAAGUAAAUGGCCAAACGUUCUUUUGGUCAAUCAUAUCACGCCGCUCUAUACACCGCGCCGGCACACGUUUUUUCGCGCGUGGCAUUGACGAGACGGGUAAUGUAGCCAAUUUUGUGGAAACGGAACAAAUUGUCGAGUACAAUGGACAACGUAUAUCCUUUGUGCAGACGCGAGGCAGUAUGCCCUUCUUUUGGCGACAAUUACCAAACCUAAGGUAUAAACCUGAUCCGGAACUGGUGCCGGGUAAGGAUCACUUGGCGGCAUGCUUGAAACAUUUCGAAGCACAGGUGAUGCUUUACGGACGUCAAAUAGUUCUAAACCUGGUGGACCAAAAACGCGCGGAGGGCAAUUUGGAACGCGCAUUCCGCACAUUUGUUCAGCAAAUGAAUAAUCCCAAUGUACGCUAUGAAGCCUUCGACUUUCAUGCAGAAUGCAAGAAAAUGCGUUGGGAUCGCUUGCAGAUUCUGAUUGAUCGCGUGGCCCACGAGCAGGAUGAGUUCUCAGUAUUUCAUUUACGCGAAGAUGGCGGUUUGGUAUCAGCGCAAGAUGGCGUCUUUCGCACAAAUUGUGUUGAUUGCUUGGAUCGCACUAAUGUUGUGCAAAGUAUGCUAGCCAAGCGUUCCCUGAAUGCGGUCCUACAAAAACUGGGCAUUUUGCAAGCCGGCCAAGUUGUAGAACGAGCGUCGCCCAAUUUCGAGUAUAUUUUCAAGGGGUAAGUUGUAUACUCAUAUACUAAAUAAACAUUAACUUACUUGUUUGUGUGUAUUCAGGUUUGGGCGGAUAAUGCGGAUGUGAUUUCAUUGCAAUAUUCCGGUACUGGCGCUUUGAAAACCGAUUUCACACGCACAGGAAAACGUACAAAAGCCGGUCUUAUGCAGGAUGGUGUCAAUUCAGCAACCCGUUACUAUCUCAAUAAUUUUGCUGAUGGAAGUAGACAGGAUGGUUUUGAUCUAUUUCUGGGCAAGUAUGUGGUUAAACCGGACGAAGGCAAUUUACUGCCGUCACCGUUAGUGGUUACACGUACUUGGCGCUACAACACGAUACCUUCCGUUUUGCUGUUCGCCGUGGCAAUGCUCUUCAUUACCGCCAUCUUUCCGGCAGAAUUUAAUACCGAAAGCUUGCUUUUCCUUUUAUUCUGGGGCACAAUUGUUGGAGUGGGCACAACUGGCAUAUUACACUAUGGCGUGGAGUUUGUCGACUGGCCGCGUUUGCAUCCACCAAUUAAGAUCGAAGCCUAGCAAAUAUGGGAACGGCGUUAUUAUUUGCGUUUAGAUGAAAACAAUUAGUAACUCGUAAUAACGCCUCGAAUACAACCUACUUAACACCAUCUGCAGUGAACUAAGUUAAAAAUUUGUUAAAAUUUCAGCCAGUGUAUAUGCAUGUUGGCCGCAAUUAUUCGCAUUUGACACUACAGUGUUCAACUUAAAAAUUCCUUGCUUGUUUAUGCUCUAGAUUGAUGUUCUAUUUUGUUCGAAAUGCCGGUUUAAUGCUAAAAAGAAAAAAUAUUUGCCUAAAAUAAUAGUAAAAACACAAUAGUUAAUUACCUCCUGAUGACAUGAUAUCGAGCAAUUACAUUUAUAAAUGUAGGAUCAUUUUCUUAAUGAAAUGCGUACAUGUUUAAUCAAUAAAUACCCACUAUUUCAACGAA